GCAGGAUUUCCUCCUGAGCUGCAGCGGCUGAGCUGCCGAUCAGACACCAUCGGUUCUGAUCAAUACCAUGGAUCUGCUGUGAGCCGGGCUCCGGGGCACAGACGCGUUUCAUGACUUCUGAGAGGUUUCUGUGAAUGAGACUGAUGGCAACAGGAGAUACGGAUGUGACACAAUCCCAGGAGUCCAGUCUGCAGUCUGAGAAGUCCACGAGGUCUGAGGAGCUGAGGCUGCUGUCAGAGGAGUCCAGGAUGACAUCGACAGAACCUGUGGUCUCCUGGGAGUCGGAGCUCACCUCAAUCCAGCACUCUUUAAAGUUUGUGUUGAAGCUGAAGGAGGAGUUUAUUUGUCCCAUCUGCAGAGGAGUGGUGCUCAACCCCCAGCAGAACUCCUGUGGACACAUCUACUGCUUCCACUGCUUACAGGCACUGCUGGAGAGGUCAUCACCGUCCAGCUCAGUCUGCCCGGUGGACCGGGCUGUGAUCACACCAGCUGAGGUUUUUCAGGACAACUGCUGCAAGCGAGAAAUCUCCAGUCUAGAAGUGUACUGCACCAACGCCCCAGCAUGCAGCGCCGUCCUCACACUGAACCAUCUGCAGGAGCACCUGAGGUCGUGUCAGUACGAGCAGCUGCAGUGCAACAACCCAGGCUGCAGGGCGUUGCUACAGAGGAGGUACCUGCAAGAACACCUGAACAGCACCUGUCCUCAGCGCAGGGAGCCCUGCCCACACUGCAGACAGCUGCUCCAGUUCAGCUUCAUCCCGGACCACGUGCAGAGCUUCUGUCCGGAGGUGGAGGUGGACUGUCCCAAUGGCUGCUCCCAGAAGAUCUCCAGACACGAGCUGCUGGAGCACAGGGACUCAUGUCCGGAGGUUCACACUGACUGCUCCUAUAAGAAGUUUGGCUGCUCUGUGCAGGGCACCAGAGGGAACGUGAGGCUGCAUGAAGACGCUGCUGUUAAUCAUCACAUGCUGCUGGUCCUGAGGAGCAGCACACACCUGGAACAACAGGUGGAGGUUCUCCAGGAGGAGGCGCUGCUGAGACAGCGAGACAUUCAUACAGACAGUUUGCUUCUUGCUGGUCUACAGAAUCGAAUGAAGCCUGUGCUGCAGCAGAGCAGCAGCCAUGAACACAUCAUCUCUACAGCUCAGAGGACUCUGAGCAGACAGGAGGACGUGGUGUCCUCCACCCAGCUGGACGUCCAGCAGGUGUCUCGAGGGCUGGGUCCCCGUCUGAAGGAGCUGGAGCAGCUCAGGAAGUCUCUGGAUGCUGUGAUGGAGGAAGUGUCAGCAGCUGAGGCCCUCACAGAACACCUGGGAACUUUGGAAGAGAAGCUGAAGCGUCACUCGGGUCUCCUGGAUGUUCACGCGUCUCAGUUCAGUCUCAAUAAGCAGCACCUGCAGGAGCUGGAGGUGAUGUCGUACGACGGCAAACUGAUCUGGAAGAUUGAGGACUUCAGGAAAAGGAGGGAAGAUGAGGCCAAAGGCCAGGCGCCGUGCCUGAGCAGCGUGCCGUUCCACGCCGGACGUUGUGGCUACAAAAUGGCCCUGAAAGCCUAUCUGAACGGGGACGGGGAGGGAAGGGGGACUCACCUGUCCCUCUAUGUGGUCCUGAUGCCUGGAGACUUUGACGCGUUGCUGCGGUGGCCUUUCAGACAGACCGUGUCUCUGUCUGUUCUGGACCAAAGCGGGGCCGGUGACCACCGGAGUCUCAGCUUCAGACCCGACCCGACAACCAAAGGCUUCCAGCAACCUGCUGCAGAUUCUGUGAGCAAUGUUGCUGUUGGGUUUCCAUGCUUUAUUCCCCUCAGCAUGCUUGAGACUCCCCAGAACUCUGUGUACGUCAGAGAUGACACACUCUUUGUCAAAGUGAAGGUGGAUAUGGCGGGUUUAGAGCAGCUGUAGGAUCUGGGGCGUGACCGCUCCGAUUCUACUGCAGCUCGCUCACUUUUCUACAGAAGGUAUCGUCAGAAUCAUUUGAUAGAAGUUUAACGACAUAAAAACGUGUUUGUUAGGAAA